AUGACGCCAUUACUGGAAAGUGGGCCCGUGGCUUCAUCCAAAGGCCCAGAAAAUGCCCAGACGAACAAGUCACGUAAUAAACCCAACAAAAAGGCGGAGAAAACCUCUCGUGCCUUGCGCUCUUCUCCCCACCGAAACUCCUCCGCCGCACCCCCGCCGGAGAUUCGCCGGAACCGCCUUCGCCCAAGGGAAGAGUGCUUCUCUCACAAUGUUGAUUAUGAAGGGGAUACAGUUCAUGUAUCAUUUGUUGUGAUCAAGGCAGACACUCCAUGGCACUAUAGCGAGGAUGGUGUCGAUCUCGUGGUGAAAGACCCUAAUGGCAAUCAGGUCCAUGAUUCUCGUGCCAAGGUUAGUGAUAAGUUCGAAUUCAUAGUUCAGAAGAGAGGUGUCCACCGUUUCUGCUUCACCAACAAGUCCCCGUAUCAUGAAACUGUGGACUUUGAUGUGCAUGUUGGUCAUUUUUCAUAUUUUGACCAGCAUGCCAAAGAUGAGCAUUUUGGUCCUUUGUUUGAACAAAUAAGAAAGUUGGAUGAUGAUCUGUACAACGUUCUGUUUGAACAGCACUGGCUAACUGCCCAAACAGACCGCCAAGCAAUAUUAAAUGAGAACAUGAGCACGAGGGCAAUUCACAAGGCACUCCUCGAAUCAGCUGCCCUUAUUGCAGCCAGUGCUGUGCAGGUCUACUUGCUGCGACGCCUCUUCGAGCGUAAGCUCGGUACAUCUAGGGUCUAA